UAUGAAUGGCCCCGCGGGCCCCGGCGGCCGCAUCAGGAGCAACCUGAGCCUUCUGGUAGCUCUGCGCUGCAUCAACGCGCCAUAUUUAAGGCGCUUUCUGGCUGCCUCGCAGAGCUGACAUGAACAUCUUCACUAAGGUCCCAGGAUUAACCCAACAAACCAGCAAACUGGGGUCUGUGCUCCAACGUGCCUUUUACGGGUCCACUGGGAGGGUGACCCUUUUCGAGCAGCGAAACUUCGCUGGCAGACGACUGGACCUGAACUCUGACUGUCCCAGGAUCAGCGACAAGAACUUCCCAGAGAGAUGUAACUCCGUCCAGGUGGACAGCGGAGCAUGGGUUGGGUUCGAGCAGGAGAACUACCGGGGCCGUCAGUACCUGUGGGACAUGUCCGACCGCGGGGAGUACAACUGCUACGACCGCUGGUGCGCCCAGGUGGACCACGUCUCCUCGGUCCGCUCCGUUAAGCAGGACAACAAUCCUCCCAGGGCGCAGCUGUUCGAGCGAGCCGGUUUCUCUGGGAAGAAGAUGGAGAUCCAGGAUGACAUUCCCAACCUGCUGAGCCGCUACAACCUCAACAGAGUGGCGUCCAUCCGCGUCCUGGGAGGAGCCUGGGUGGUGUACCAGGAGCCCAACUACAGGGGGCAGCACUACAUCCUGGAGAAACGGGACUACCACAACUUCAACGACUGGGGCAGCCAGAACAGCACCGUGGGCUCCAUGCGCAGAGUCCGAUUCAGCUGAGCCAGAACCUCGACCCGACAACCAGCACUACCGGAGCCUGUCAGCUCUACACAGAAAAUAAAGACUAUUUUAGUAAUAAA